AUGCAUCAACCUAGCUCUCUCCUCACCGUCGCUUUCCUCCUCCUCCCCCUUUCCACCCUCGUUUCCGCCGGCCUCGAUUCCGGCUCCCAAAACGGCAGCGGGAACCAAAAUGGAAAUAUCAAUCCCAACGCAAAUGGCAAUGGCAAUGCAAACGCUAAUCAAACCCAGAACGAAAAUAAAAAUAAAAAUAAAAACGAAAAUGAUAACUACAACUACAAUUACAAUCAAAACAACAAUUACAAUACCAAUUUCAACUUUAACUGGAACGAUAAUGAUGAUAACAAUAUCAACGCUAAUGCUAAUGACAAUAAAGAUAAAGGUAAAAAUCGUGGUGGCUCUCCUCAUGUAGUGUAUACUACUGAGAUUGUCGCGGCUCUUACGACAUAUUGUCUUUCGGCGACGGAGAUUGAGCAGAAUGGUGUUACCUAUACGGUUACCGAGGCCUCUACACUUACUUUUACGGAUUGUCCCUGCACACAAACACGCGCCCUCCCGGGUCUCAUCCUCACACCCGCCAUCCUCCCUCAACCUCAAACCCCCUCCAAAACAACCCCACUCACAAACCCAAGCCCAAACCCCACUAAUCUAGCCCUCCUCCCCCUCUCCUCCCCCUCUCCUCCCCCUCUCCUCCCUCCCCGCAUCUAUGCCCCCUCCUCAAUCUUUCCCCACAAACAAUGCUGA